CCCCCCCCCCUCCUCGACUCCAUCCAACCUGCCGUGAAGCUGUGGUGUGCUGGACUGCCAUCGUUGCCAGUCCCGCCCAUCCUUCCCGCCGCUCCUUUUCUGCCGUCUGAAAACGCGCUUCCGGAGACGUCUCCACCGCUGAACCUCGCGUCCAUCACAUCCCCGUCCCCAGUGCCGCCGGCGUUCUUCGGACGACGACGUCUUCUUUCCUCACCAGGACUCACCAGGUUGCUUCGGGCUGCCCUUAUUUACCUACCGUCGCCGUCCGUCAGGGCAUCGCCGUGGGGGGGAUUUGGCUGGCAAAGCGGAUCUUCUCUCCACCGAAGCGGCCAUUGUCGAAGCAAUCCUACCCGGAAGGGUUUAGGGAGGUCAACGGGUGCUCGCUGCGACUGUCGCCAGGCCCUUCAUUGCUCAAUUGCUUUCCUACAACGGGUUUUUGCACCUACGAGUGCGAGCCCGUCCAUCCCCAAACCUCCGCUGCGAUUUCAACAUUCGCAGUCGAAACUUGGCGGAAUCCGUGUCUCUUCACAUACCCCUGGCGCGCUUCAUGUCCGCGACGACCAUCGAUUCUUCCUAAGCCGCCAUCAUCGUCGAGUCUGCUGUCAACCUCAAUCAUUUCCGCCUGCUCCGGGUGGUUGGAAAGGGCGCGUUUGGCAAAGUGCGGAUAGUGGAGAGGAAGGAUUCAGGUCUCACGUUCGCGUUGAAAUACAUUCGGAAAGACGAAGUUUUCAAGAUGUCGAGUACAUUUACAUCGUUGUGGAUCUCAUGAAUGGUGGCGAUCUGCGAUUCCAUAUCUCGCGGAAAUGCUUCACCGAGGAAGCAGUGCGGUUCUGGAUUGCCGAAUUGGGCUGUGCACUGAGAUACAUACAUUCUCAGGGCAUCGUACAUCGGGAUCUUAAGCCGGAUAACGUCCUUUUGGACUCUCAAGGACAUGUCCACUUGGCCGAUUUUGUCAGUGCACCGUAUCUGCCGCCCACCGCCUUUUGUGCAGAACUAACGAAUGGUCAACAGAACGUGGCGUCCGACUUCAGGCCCGGGAAACCCCUGACAAGCAAAUCGGGCACUUUGGCCUAUCUGGCUCCGGAAGUAUAUGAAGGAGGUGGCUACUACUCCGAGGUUGAUUGGUGGUCUCUGGGUGUGACCUUUUACGAGUGCAUCUACAACAGGCGGCCGUUCGAAGGUCGCACUCAGGAAGCCUUGAGCGAAGCGAUCAUGAAAGCGCAACCCAAGUAUUAUGUCACCAACCCUGCCGUAUCUGUUCCGUGCCUGCGUGCUAUGGCGGCUCUGAUGGAAAAAGACCGCUCAAAGCGAAUUGGCGCCAUUGGCUUCGAGUCAUUCACCUCGCACCCUUUCUUUGCUGAGCUUGAUUUCGAGAAAUUGGAGAGGAAAGAGAUCAACCCAAUCUUUACGCCGUCUAGCGACAAGACCAAUUUCGAUGCGACGUAUGAUCUCGAGGAGCUCCUGCUGGAAGAGGCGCCUUUGGAAGCGAGAGCACGAAGACAGAAGCCCCGAGCCGAACUGAGAGAGGAUGCCACGGCCAAAGAGAUCCGCGAGGAUGAGCUGCACCGGAUCAUUGAGACCAUGUUUGAGCCAUUCGAUUAUACCACGGUCAACUACAAUAAUGGGUCAGUGCGGAGUAGUUCCUCCCGUCCAAACUGCAUGCGAUCUGCUGACAUUGGAUCUAGCAAUCCUGAGGACCGCCUACCAAUCACGAGUUCUACACAUUCGAGACAGAUGUCGCAGCCCAAUUCCGUCAGUGGUUCUCCGCCGCAACACGCGGAGAAGCAUGGUGAUCGGUCGACCCAGUCUGAGGCUGCUUCGCCAAUUGGAGAGGCUGUCCAGUCCGAAGACCAGCCCUCCAAUGCAGCGUCAUCUCCUCCGCACCGUCCCUCCAUGCCCUCAGGCCCUCCGCCACCUCCUCCAUCAGCGCCGCAAUACAACCGACCCCUGCCACCUCUUCCCAACGCUCCUCGUCCGAAAGGAGCGACGCGCAAGAUGAGCAAAGGAGGUGGGGUUCAGAUGGUUUUGGAGGAAACAGGCAGUUGGAGCGAGCUGGCGGAUCAAAGUUCUACCUUGCCGGCCGAAGCAUGUGAAGGUGUCGCCAACAAGGGUAAAGGGUCCAACAGUGGUAUGCUCUCGUUCUUCAGAGGGAAGAAGGGUCGGGAUCGCAGCCCCAAGCCCAUGGAGCCAGGCGUGCUCGGGAAAGAAGGGGCUCGCCAUAUUAUCAGCUGA